AUGGCGGAAACGCUGAACUAUGUGCAGUUUGUUGACAAUGACAUGUACGGUCCUGAUAUCGCCCAAGAUGAUGAUGAGAAUGAAAUGCCCCGCCGCGUAUUUGAGGUGCAAACAUCUUUUCACCAUGGACGAGGUCGCAAUACACAGAUUGUGCGCAUGAAUGAACCCAUGUGCAGUUGUGGCAAAUACGAGAUAAGACACUAUCCAUGUUUCCAUAUGCUCGCUGUUAUGUCUGAAUGCAGUGACAAUCCAUUCGAGUACGUUGAUCCAGUAUAUAGGCUUCCUGUAUACAUGAGGGUUUGGAAAACUAAAUUCAACCCAAUACCGCAUCAAGAUUGUUGGGAUGAUCCGCAGUGGACCUUAAUGCCUAAUGUACUUCGUCUGCGAGAAGUAAAACAGGAUCGUAAAUCUAUGUCCCGUAUUCCGAAUGAGAUGGAUAUAUCAGAUAGGCGUUUGACCGCUUGUUGCAGUGAGUGCCAACAGACAGGUCAUGACAGGCAAACAUGUCCGAUGCGGCUUGGUCGAUGA